CACUGAAAUGGCACUAAUAUGAGGGAUUAUGUCAUAGCAUUUGACGAGGUUGGGACAAAUUCAUUCUUUCUAAAAUGAAACAGAACGACUGCUUCUAUGAAUCAUUGAAAAGUUUGCUCUGUCAUUUCAUCGCCGAAAUGGCAUUACUUAAAAUAAUUUGAAUAAAACAACGUACAAGAUUGCAGAAUGCUAUGCGGCAAAAUGGUUUUUUUAGUUUUGAUGUAAAAAGAAAAACCGCCAGUAACGGACUUUUAGCAAGCGGUCUAACGAUUUGCAGGUAACAUGCAAACGGCGCACUGAAUACCUUAUCUGCAUGCAAAUAGUACUACUGCUCCAGCCAUGUAUGACGAACUUUUAGCAAACGAUGCAACAAGUCGCUUGCUUGUCCGCUUCAUUAAAUAGACUAUAAGAUGACUUCCUCCCUAGCAGACUGCCCCUAGACUUUCUUCCUGCUUCCGUAUGCUGCGUUAUUUCGCCGAACGAAAUGAGUACAGUUAUACGUGGAACCUGACUGAAAGCUCUUCAACGGCAAUGUGUCACAGUUCGAGUUCGCAAAAAAAAGUAUGUCACGUCCGCAUCGAGCACAAGUCACUUAUUUCGCUAUCUUGUCCUCUCUCCUUUUUCUUUACUUCUCUUUGUGUACAUGUCUCAUCGUGUUUGUUGCAUCGUUGUUGAGUGUCAUUAAAUCGAUCGGGAAAGAUAACGGAGAGCAGAAUACACAGCAACCACUAAUGCUAUCGGAGGCAUCGGUUAGACUGCACUCUGAUGUCGUCCUCAUUAUCGAGGUCUAACGAAAAUGUCUCCUUGCAGAUUUGUUUUGUUUAAGGAGGAUCUAAGCUGGUAGUACUUGACACAACUUUAGGGAAUAUUUAGGAUUCCUUUUGUAAAUUGUCUAUUACUAUUGUUUGGAAAGUGAAAGGUCGUCGAAUAGUUGCACACUUCGUGGCUUUUGAUUUUUGUUUUAUGGGAAUCAAUAUUUUUCUUCAUUCCAAAAGUGAAUAGAACUUGAAAAGAAAGUGUUUCACACCAGAAAUUAUCAUGCAUUACUGAUAUCACAAUAAUAAGCAUUUGAAAUGGAUAAUUUGGAAUCAGAGAAGGCUGACGGAACGGAUUCUCUCGGAUUGCAUCGAUUCCGGAGACCAUCACUAUUCUGAAACGUCUUGCAUUUCGCCUUGACAAGAACAUAAUCACCUUCAAUAAACUACUUGCAAUCAGUCUGUAAGCUGUGUACGGAGAACUGGAAGCGACAAGAAGUGACAGUUCAGGUUCUACUACUGAGACAUUAUAAGUCGUUAACUCAAAAAUUUUGGAUCAAUUGGGAGCCACUGGUUUUUGUUAAUGGGUCGUUUAUUUGUACUAUAUUUGCAACUGCAAAUAAUGCUACUCACCGGGAUAAGAGUAAUCCUAGCUAUCAAGGAUGAUAAUGCUCGAGUGAUUUCGAUUGUGGAACAAUUUGAGGAUGACACAUUUUGGGAAUUUCGUUCAAAGGCAGUGCGACGUGCACAGGUUUCGAAAAAAACUUGGAAUGAGUACGUGAAAUAUAAAGAACAAACAUGUCGCUUGGAAUUCGAGAAAGAUGUAGAAUCAAAGGCGAAAGGCUAUCUGAACUGGGAAGAAAUGGCUUUCCACAAAAGUUUACGGUUAAAGUUAUUGCCAAGCUUGGCAGCCGGUGAUGCUUUAUCAUACGAAGAUGCAGUCAUGUUAUCUAAUGUAGAUAGCCGCCUGAUUUCACCAGAGCCGGAAUCGCUUUGCAAGGUUGGCGUAAUUGAUGAUAGCGAUCAAAACGAAGUUGCUGAGAAAAGCCGUUUUGAAGAUACUUUGAUAAGUCGAUUGUUCCGGAAAGAAAUACGGGAAUCGGAACAAGGAAAUUCAGAGCAUUAAGCAUGAUCAGCUGUCUGAUUCUUAAGCUAAUUUUGAUUGCAUCAUAACAAAAAGAACUCGAAGGAUCUGUGCUAAUCAAU